ACGGCACGCCGCCUGCCCGCCGCAUCCCGGGCUUGGGGGCGACGAGGCCGGAGGUCGCCGGGAGGGCACCAGACGGUGGGGGCGCGCCGAGGGGGGGGGGAGGGGCGCUCCUGGGUUCUGCAAGUGCGGCCGAUCGGAGGCGAGGCGCGGCGAGGCGCGGCGGGGGGUGGGGGAGGCAGCGGGGCUGGCCGUGGCCGAGUCGUCGUCGGCGGCUCCGCGGAGGAGAUGACGCGCCCGCCGCAGCUCGGGAGGCUCGUCGCUGCUCAGGCGGCUGAGAUGGCGAGACCUCGCCCGGCGCCCUCCCCGGGAACCGCUGCCCAAAGGCGACUCCUCCGGCGCGGCGCGGAGCCCUGACUGGGGCGAAGGGGGGGCCGCCGGGCGGGGGGGCCUGCAAGAGGCCAGCGCCUUGUGCCCCCCCCCCUCGGAUCCGGGUCAAGCCCCCGCAGCCAGGCCGCCGCCGCGCGCACGUGAAAGCGCCGCGUGCCGCACUCCGGCUAAGCGGGCGGGCAGGAGGGCUCCCUGGGCGCGCAGCCCUCCCCCCUCCCCGCCGCCUUCCUCCUCCUCUCCUCCUCCUGCUGCUGCUUCGGGGGCGAGGCCCCGGGCGAGCGGACUUGGGCCCCAGGGCGCCUCCCGGCCGGAGCCAGACGCGGCGGGCAGCAGCAGGGCAAGGACGGCUCCCUCCCUCCCUCCCUCCCUCCCUGGCUGCCGCCGAGAUGCCGUCGCUGCCGCUGCUGCUGCUGGCGUUGGCGCUGGCGGCCCCGGCCCGGGCGCAGGAGGCGCCCCCCGACUACCCGCACACCGAGGACGGCGCCGUCCUCUUCGCCGCCGACUACAACAGCACGGCCGAGGGCGUCUUCUUCCACAGCGUCUCGGCCAGCUGGACCUACAACACCAACCUCACCGACUUCCACGCCCAGCAGCAGGUAGCAGCCUCUUUGAAGGAACAGGAAUUCAUUCAAGCUUGGGGGCAGAAAGCAAAGGACAGCUUUGGUGCUAUCUGGCAGAACUUCAGUGAUCCUCAGCUGAAGAAAAUCAUCAGCUCCAUCCAGACUCUGGGGCCUUCCAACUUACCUAUCGAUAAGCGACACAUGUACAACACCAUCUUGAGUGAGAUGGACAACAUCUACUCUACUGCAAAGGUGUGCCCACCAAACCAGACCUCCAACUGCUGGGCCCUAGAUCCAGAGAUAACGGACAUCAUGGCAACUUCUCGAAGUUACAGGAAGCUCCUGUAUGCCUGGGAAAAUUGGCACAAUGCAGCUGGCAGCCCUCUGAGGGCCAAAUACGAGGAGUUUGUGUCACUAAGCAAUGAGGCCUACAAGAUGGAUGGGUUCAAGGAUACUGGGGCUUACUGGCGUUCCUGGUAUGAUUCACCCACAUUUGAAGAUGAUCUAGAGAACCUUUAUCAUCAACUGGAGGAACUCUACCUAAAUCUCCAUGCUUUUGUCCGGAGGAAACUGUAUGAGCGAUAUGGCCCGAGAUACAUCAAUCUGCAAGGCCCCAUCCCUGCUCACUUACUUGGUAAUAUGUGGGCCCAGCAGUGGAACAACAUCUAUGACAUGAUGAUUCCUUUCCCAAACAAGCCCAAUCUUGAUGUCACCAAUACAAUGAGAGAAAAAAACUGGAAUGCAACACACAUGUUCCGGGUGGCAGAGGAGUUCUUCACGUCACUGGACUUGCUGGGGAUGCCACUAGAGUUCUGGGAGGGCUCCAUGCUGGAAAAGCCAACUGACGGGCGAGAAGUGGUGUGCCAUGCGUCCGCUUGGGAUUUCUACAACCGUAAAGACUUCAGGAUAAAGCAAUGCACAACAGUCACCAUGGAGCAGCUCUUCACAGUCCACCACGAGAUGGGGCACGUGGAAUACUAUCUGCAGUACAAGGACCAGCCUGUCACCUUCCGCAGCGGCGCCAACCCCGGCUUCCAUGAAGCCAUAGGAGAUGUCAUGAGCUUGUCUGUCUCGACCCCCAAUCACCUGAAGAAGAUCGGGCUGCUCAGCCAAGUCACUGAGGACGCAGAAAGUGAUAUCAACUACCUACUGAAAAUGGCCCUGGAGAAGAUUGCCUUCCUUCCCUUUGGCUACCUGAUAGAUCAGUGGCGAUGGAACAGAGCUCCCAGUGGGCUUAAUUCCCCUGCCAACAGUUACAACUAUGACUAUUGGUUACUGAAAACAAAAUACCAGGGAAUUUGUCCUCCCAUUGCAAGGAACGAGACCCAUUUUGACCCUGGUGCCAAAUUCCACAUCCCAGGCAACACUCCUUACAUCAGGUACUUCGUCAGUUUCAUCCUGCAGUUCCAGUUCCACAAGGCCCUCUGCCAAGCUGCCAAUCACACUGGCCCUCUUCACACCUGUGACAUCUACCAGUCCAAAGAAGCUGGAAGAAUACUCAGCGAUGCUUUGAGGGUUGGAUCUUCCCAGAAGUGGCAGGAUAUCCUCCAGCAAGUCACUGGCACGCAACAGAUGGAUGCGACAGCCCUGCUAGAAUACUUCAGCCCCGUGACUGAGUGGUUGAAGCAACAGAACAGUCGAAUGAAUGAAACGCUGGGAUGGCCAGACUUUGAGUGGCGUCCUCCCAUCCCAGAGGGAUACCCAGAAGGCAUUGAUAAAAUAGCUGAUGAAGCAGAGGCCAAAGAGUUCUUGAUGGAGUACAACAGCACAGCAGAGACAGUCUGGAAUGCCUACACAGAGGCUUCGUGGGCAUACAAUGUCAACAUCACUGACCACAACAGACAGAUCAUGUUAGAAAAGAAUCUGGAAAUGUCAAACCACACACUCCAGAAUGGCCUGAAGGCUCGGCAGUUCGAUCCCACUGACUUCCAGGACCCCAGCAUCAAGCGCAUUUUAAAGAAACUGAGUGACAUAGAGCGGGCAGCUCUGUCCGAGGCGGAGCUGAAGGAGUACAAUCAGCUCCUCUCAGACAUGGAGACAACCUACAGUGUAGCCAAAGUCUGCAAAGAAGGCUGCAAGGCGCUGGAUCCUGAACUGACAGACAUCAUGGCCCAAUCGAGGGACUAUGAUGAACUGCUUAACACCUGGAAAGACUGGCGGGACGUGUCGGGGAAAAAGAUCCGCUCCCAGUACAAGAGAUACGUCACUUUGAGCAAUAAAGCUGCCCGACUGAACGGGCAUGCGGACAAUGGGGCUUUCUGGCGGUCCCUGUAUGAAUCACCCAUGUUUGAAGAUGACCUGGAGGCAAUCUGGGAGCAGCUUCAGCCGCUAUACCUCAAUUUACAUGCCUACGUGACACGGGCGGGUUUACAAGAGAUAAUGGGCGCUGAGCUAUAUCAACCUCAAAGGUCCGGAUUCCAGCUCAUUUGCUCGCAUGUUCCAGAACUUCUGUGCCUGGCCAGCCUUGAGCCCAUGGCUGGCAACAUGUGGGCCCAGUCCUGGGCAAAUAUUUUUGGGCUUGUCAUGCCCUUCCCUAACGCCAUCAAAGUGGAUGCGACACCAGCUAUGAAAAGUCAGGGCUGGACCCCAAAGAGGAUGUUUGAACAGUCGGACAGCUUCUUCAAGUCCCUGGGUCUCAUCCCGAUGCCUCAGGAGUUCUGGAACCGGUCCAUGCUGGAGAAACCAGCAGAUGGCAGGGAAGUGGUGUGCCACGCCUCUGCCUGGGACUUCUACAACCGGGGCAAGGGUUUCAGGAUUAAACAGUGCACUGUUGUGAAUAUGGACGAUCUCAUCACAGUUCACCAUGAAAUGGGCCAUGUGCAAUACUUCCUGCAGUACAAAGAACAGCACAUAUCCUUCCGUGAUGGGGCCAAUCCUGGGUUUCAUGAAGCUAUAGGAGAUGUCAUGGCCUUGUCAGUGUCCACCCCGAAGCAUCUGUACAGCAUCAAUCUGCUGGAUCGGGUAGAAGACAACCUGGAGAGUGACAUUAACUACCUGAUGAGCAUUGCACUGGACAAGAUUGCUUUUCUGCCCUUUGGCUACCUAAUGGACCAGUGGAGGUGGAAAGUGUUUGAUGGACGGAUUAACGAUGAUGAGUACAACCAACAGUGGUGGAACCUCAGAUUAAAGUACCAAGGUUUGUGUCCACCCGUGCCCAGAUCAGAAGAGGAUUUUGAUCCAGGAGCAAAAUUUCACAUUCCUGCCAAUGUCCCUUAUGUCAGAUACUUUGUCAGCUUCAUAAUCCAAUUCCAGUUCCACCAAGCUCUGUGCAAAGCGGCUGGUCAUGUGGGGCCCUUGCAUAAGUGUGAUAUCUAUCAGUCAAAGGAAGCCGGAACAAUUCUGGGGAAUGCCAUGAAACUGGGCUUCAGCAAGCCAUGGCCUGAAGCCAUGCAGCUUAUCACAGGACAACCCAACAUGUCAGCAGAGGCCUUGUUGACUUAUUUUGAACCACUGAAAAACUGGCUCAUCAAUGAGAAUGUGAAAAACGCGGAAAACCUGGGCUGGCCCGAAUACACUUGGACUCCCUUUUCAGGCCAAGUGCAAGAGAACGACAGAGUCCAUUUCCUGGGGAUUUCUUUGGACAGCAGCGAAGCAGCCGUGGGCCUGUGGGUCUUGCUUGGGAUUAUGCUGGUCUUCUUCAUUGCCACAUUAGUCUUGGGGGUCAGGUUCCUCUCUGACAGGAACAGGGCCCUGAAAGCGCCCUUUGAAAUGGAGUUGAAAUGAGUCGGAUGGCUUCCAUCUUUCCUCUGCUGUGCUGCCCUGUGAGUGUGCAGAGGCAUCAGGGGAGGAGCGGUGCGUGUCACGGAGCUAAUUUUCCGGUACAAAGUUGGGUGCUGUAAUCCUAAUAACUGUGUGAGCGUGUAUGAAUGCAUACCUCCAAAGAAUGUAUGUAGGCAGGCACAUGGCUUGUGUGUAUCUAAAGUAUGGCUGUUGUGUUUGUGUUCCCAUGAGUCUGGGGAGAGUGUGAAUACUCUGUGUGAAUACAUAUGUAUUCCCACAACUCAUGUCUGCGCAGUUGUUGUACAGCUACCAGGUCUGCAUCUAUGGGCCUGGGUUCUGGGCGUGAACCUUUCUGUUGGGCCUCGUUUUCAAGGCAUGAAGGAUUUCUGUGCUCACGGACCCAGGUUGCGUGUACUACUGUAAGCUGCGGCCUUGUAUAAGCAGGGCAAUUGUGCUCAUGAAAGCACCAAACAAACAAACAAACAAACAAAUAUCUUUUUUGACUAUGCAACAGCCAAAGCAGAGAGUAUCAUGAUUUGGAAGUGUUCAGAUUCUCGAAAGGAGGAGGAGGAAGAUAAAGAAUGAAACAUGGGACAGUCAUUACAUUUGGGAUUAAAAACAAAUGGCAUCGAAUCAUUUUCUGAGCGGGCCUUUGAAGGUUUUGUUACGUUCAGUUGCAGAAAGGUUUACUUCUAGCUGAAUUGCCCAAAGCCAUCACGACAAGUGUCACCAAAUGCUGCAGAGGCUCCAAAAAGUUGGAAAAGGGGUUUGGGUGUGGCUGUGGGUGUUGUUUGCUUCGGACAGUUUGUUAAAGACUGUUUGAUGCACGGGUGAAAAUUAAAACGAAUCACAAUCUCCCCAAAUUCUGUUGCUCUGCUAUUAUUUGUGAAAUGAAUCAUUGCAGACACUGUGAUACAAACCACGCAUCAUCUUAGCAAGAAACAUUUUGUGUAUGAAGAAACAAUACCAGUCACCUACUAACACGGGCCCUUUCCCCACUCACUGUUUGCUGCACGCUACUCUCGCUGAGUAGCACGGGGUCCACCUGCACUCCCCACUACAGGGGCGGCAACAACGCAGCCACCCCGACUCUGCUGCUCUUGCGCCCCCUCAGCGCGGGUCAUUCUGGCGCUGCUCAAAACACCGCCUUUCAAUGACCCCGCGUGGAGCGCAAGGCAGUGGGGAAGCCCGGGAUCACAAGCCUCGCGCUAAAAAGGUCCUGGACCAGAUGAAACCGACGUCAUUUUAAAAGUGGGGAAACGGCCAAGGUUAUCUUUUGCACAUUGUGUUACUUACUUCCAGGAAUAUAUUUUUAAGGAUGCAUGAACGGGUCAGACUCAGACCCCAGCUGUUGUGCAGUAAGCUGACCCACUCAGGAAUCUGCUGUGAACACCUCAUGUGGUUUGAUGAUCUAAGGCAGCUAUGCUGGCCAACAGUAACGCAGUGGUUAAAGUGGGAGGGGAAGAAGAGUUUGCAUCUCCCCCCCCCCCCCACAUGGGGAAAUGCUCAGCACAGGGAAAUAAUGCCCACCUACCUUUUUUGCUUUGCUUUUAGUCCUGUAUUUAUUUACUUUAAAAAUUAUUGCCUUUCAGCCAGUUAGGCAUCUCAUCUUGUUGUGGUUUACACUGUAAUCGGACUCGAAUCCCCAUGAGAAAGGUGCACGACAAAUUAAAUAAAAUAGUUGGCCUGUCUGGCUCAGACUCAGGGUAGACGGUGCAAUUUUUGAAACAACAAUGGAAUAAAAUACAAAAAUACAUACAAACAGAAUAUCCGUGCAAAUGAUUAAAACUAGAUUGUGAAAUUGGAGAACAGAAAAAUGAUAGAACGUGUACAAGCAAAUAAUUACUCAAUUGGAGCACAAUGCGCACUUACUUUGUUUGUGGAAUGAAAAUGCAAUAAAGCUGUAAUACAAAAUAAAAAACGAUGCAAAAAUAUAAUAA